CAGGGAGGAGCUCCAGUCACAACAGCAGGCAGACCAUAGACUUUAGUCUGCGAGGCAGACCCUCCCAGCACUGGGUGGAAGGAAGCGGAAACGUCGCAAGCCUUAUGCUAGUAGCGAUCCCUAAGACGGGGUGGAAGCGACAGCAGGCGUAACGUUACAUCGUUUGUUGCCUCUCAAGAGGAAGCAGCGUUUGGACAAAUUACACUAUAUGGUUUUAGUUUGUCACGGGGCUGGCAUCGAAACGGAAUAUCUCGAGUGGAACAUUCCUGUAACCUUUAUGUGAGGUCCAAGCCCUGAAGGAGCGGGUCAUAGACGGGAGGAGAGACUCGGAGCAAAAGCAUCUGGCCACAGAAGCCUGGAUACGUGUUUUUAUUUUUUAUUCAGGCCCUGAAACACAACAACAACCAAGUCGUUUUCCUGCGCACAACAACAACCAUGGAGGCCAUUGCCAAAUACGAUUUCAACGCCACUGCUGACGAUGAGCUUAGUUUCAAGCGUGGCGAAGUCCUCAAGGUAUUAAAUGAAGAGUGUGAUCAGAACUGGUACAAGGCAGAGCUAAAUGGAAAAGAUGGCUUCAUUCCCAAGAAUUACAUAGAGAUGAAAGCCCAUCCGUGGUUCUUCGGGAAGAUUCCCCGGGCCAAAGCCGAGGAGAUGCUAAACAAACAGAGGCACGACGGGGCCUUCCUCAUCAGAGAGAGCGAGAGUGCACCAGGAGACUUCUCGCUCUCCGUGAAGUUUGGAAAUGACGUCCAGCACUUCAAGGUUCUUCGUGACGGGGCUGGAAAGUAUUUCCUAUGGGUGGUGAAGUUUAACUCCCUCAACGAGCUGGUGGACUACCACCGCUCCACCUCAGUCUCUCGCAAUCAACAGAUCUUUCUGCGGGACAUAGAGCAGGUCCCCCAGCAUCCCACAUAUGUGCAGGCGCUCUUUGACUUUGACCCCCAGGAGGAAGGAGAGCUGGGUUUCCGGCGCGGAGACUUCAUCCAGGUCCUGGACAACUCUGACCCCAACUGGUGGAAAGGAGGCUGCCACGGGCAAACGGGCAUGUUCCCCCGCAACUACGUCACGCCUGUCAAUCGGAACAUGUAAAACAGUCAGACCAUGUAAACAACAACAGCCACAACAGCAACCUAUCAACACCACCACACCACCACCACCACCACCAUCAUCAUCAUCAUCGUCGUUCUCGAUCUCAUCAGCCCCCAUCCAACCCCCCCCCCAUCACCCCUCCACCCCCCCUCUUUGCCAUCCCACAGUAACAGGAGCAGACCGGACGAUUGCAAACAACUGAAAAAGAGAGAGCUAAAUCAGGAGUAGUGCUGCCGUAGGCGUCGCUGAGUGGGUGGCAGCUGAGAAAAAUCUAUUUUUUUUUUCUUUUCUUUUUUAACUCGUGCAGAAUGUUCACCUCCCCUGUGAACGCCUCGGCGAGGACUGAACUAUCUUUGAGGGAAAUCUAAAUGCAGAGAAACUAAAGAGUAGUGCGCCAUCCCGUGAAGAUAACCAAAUGAUUCUAUCGCUCCCACCGCUGCUUCUGUCUCCCCCUUAACUUCUUAACAUUCUGCCUUCCUUUUACGUUUGUUUCCUUUUCUUUGCCGCAUGUUGUUUUAAUCACCUAAAGUCAAAAUGCCUACCUAUAAAUCCUAACUCUGUUUUAAAGAAGUUAAAAAAAAAAAAGCUUAAAAAUAUUUAAAAAAAAAAGAAGAAAUGGUUUU